AAACAUUGGCCAACAAGUAUAAAACUCGAUUUGAAUUGUGUGAAAAUCAUUCAGUAACCAAGCAAGCAAAGCAUACGCAUCUCACAAACACGCUUGGAACUUGAAACUAACUGAAAAUCAGAACUGCAAUAAAAAUGGAAACAUUACAACUUAUGAGCUACCUAGUUGGAGGUGUCACCACUGAUGAGCCAAAUACUUCAAAUGCGCCAAUAACUACUGACGUACAUAAUAGUGGAUAUAAAAUCAGUGACUUUACUGGCUAUGGUGCAAAUAAUCUGGAUAAUCGUUAUGAUAUGACUGCAUUUCAUUAUAAGUCAACCAAUCAACUGCCUGUCAACAUGUCAGCCACCUACUCUGGUCACUUAGCAACAAGAGACUCGGUGACAUCACAUCACUGUAUCUCAAAUCAAAAUGGCUGCAACAAUGUUCCACAGACAUCACCUGAUAUGAGAGAACCAAUCACAUCAAGGACACUAUCUCCAUCUAUUGACAAUCUUACAGCAUCUCCAAACCCGUCAGUUGAGGAAAUCAGUAAUCCAAGUAGUCCAGAGUCAAUGAUAAGUGACAAUAGUGAUGUUUAUAACAUGGGUAAAUCAAUAGCUAAAGAUGGAGCCUCUAAAGCUGUCAAGCCAAAAAACUCAUACAUUGGACUCAUCAUUGAAGCAAUCUUAAGUAAGCCAGAUAAGCGUAUGAUCUUGGGUGAGAUCUAUCAAUAUAUCCAGGACAAUUUUGAACAGUACAAUAAUGGAGAGCGGGGAUGGAGGAAUAGUGUCCGAUACAAUCUAUCUCUGAAUGGAUGCUUUGUCAAGUCAGGAAGAGCUAACAUUGGAAAGGGAAACUAUUGGUCGAUCCACCCUGAGUGUAUUGAGGACUUCUCUAAGGGGGAUUACAGUAGACGAAGUAUCAGACAUCGUACCAAGCGUGGCGAAAAGGGACUUAAGUCACAUCAGUCAAAGUCACCUUCCUUUUCCCACCAGUAUCAUCCCAAGCCUGCAGGAAGCAACCGUCCUCCAAAAGCAAACUCCAAACAGAUGUCCCCAAUUUCUCAUAUGCCUCCACAGUCUCAGUUCCAAGAAUCUUCAAGGAGUUAUAUUUAUCAACCACCAGUGACAACUGCUUUUGGGUCGCAGUUCAACAUAACUAAUUCUCUGAAAACCACUUACAGUUCACAACCAAGAGUUAACAUUAGUUAUGAGCCUCAGAUCACAUUGGAGAGGAGUACUGACCUGUAUAGAGCACCCUUUGAUAAUUUAUAUAGCAACAGUGGUUUCCAUAGUAACCUGGCUGAUGUAAGCUACUCUGUUAACAGCCAAGGCUAUACAUGCUUGUAAACUAAAGCGGACAAUUAAAACUAUAUGCAUACUUUGCCAACAAAGAGAGCCAAUCAAAGGUUUUUUAAUUUCAAAUACUAGGUUGUGAUAAUCUUUCAAGAGAUCUUGAUAGCUACGUUUGCCUGUAUAACUGUG